GGCAAAGCCGAUGCCGCGACAUGUUUGCACCGGUAGUGCCACCAUUCGUAUGAGACGGUGACCAGACGACGUGCGGAGGGAAGUGUGCUCUGCCGCGGUCGGCAUAUAACCGUCGGUAUUCCCCCCAAAGACCUCAGGCUAAGUCUUGGAUUGUACCUUUCUCCUCUCCUGUUCCUCCCUGCUGUCAUUUUCUCGAGUUUGUUAGCUGUACACAUCCACAAUGGCCUCUGUCAACACGUUUCCUACCAUAAAGGCCGUCAAGACCUUCGUCAUCCAGGGCGUUGGUUCUGGCGGUGACUACCACAAUGUCAAGGGCGGUCACUGGCUGAUCGACUCCAAAAUUGCGACUCCCAUGUCUGGAUACGACAAGUACCGCAAGUCGAGAACGGACUUUGGCAUCAAUGUCCUUGGAUCUUUCUGUGUGGAGAUUGAGUCGACCGACGGCAAGAAGGGCUUCGCUACAGGCUUUGGCGGCCCUCCAGCAUGCUGGCUAGUUGCCGAACACUUCAACAGAUUCCUGAUUGGUGCUGACCCUCGCGACACGAACCUCCUCUUCGAUCAGAUGUACCGUGCCUCCAUGUUCUACGGACGCAAGGGCCUCCCACUCGCUGUCAUCUCCGUCAUCGAUCUGGCUGUCUGGGAUCUACUGGGCAAGAUCAGGAACGAACCCGUGUACAAGAUGAUUGGUGGUGCAACACGAGACAGACUCAACUUCUACUGCACAGGUCCCGCACCAUCUGCUGCUAAGAGAAUGGGUUUCUUCGGUGGCAAGGUCGCCCUCCCUUACAGCGCUGCCGAGGGCUUCGAGGGCAUGAGAAAGAAUAUCGAAUACUUGACCGAGAUGCGAGAGAGUGUCGGUCCUGACUUCCCGCUCAUGGUCGACUGCUGGAUGAGCUUGACUGUGCCCUACACCAUCGAGCUCGCCGAGAAGUGCAAGCACCUCAACAUCAACUGGUGGGAAGAGACUCUCUCUCCUGAUGACUUCGAUGGCCAUGCUCUUCUGAAGCGUGCUCAUCCCACUAUCAAGUUUACCACCGGCGAGCACGAGUACACACGAUACGGCUUCCGCAAGCUUAUCGAGGGCCGCCAUGUAGACAUCCUCCAGCCUGAUGUUAUGUGGCUGGGUGGUUUGACAGAACUGCUCAAGGUCUCCGCUCAGGCAGCUGCAUAUGAUAUCCCAGUCGUACCUCACGCAAGUGGACCUUACAGUUACCACUUCGUCGUUUCACAAACGAAUUCGCCUUUCCAAGAGUACCUCGCAAACUCUCCUGAUGGUCAAUCGGUUCUUCCUGUCUUCGGAAAUCUCUUCAUCAACGAGCCCAUCCCAGAAAAGGGCUACCUUGAGGUAUCCGUCUUGGAUAAGCCUGGUUUCGGUCUGGAGAUCAACCCCUCUGCUCCUCUCAUCGAUGCCACCAACAUUCUCAACCCUGCACCCUCAAGGUCAUUGGCAGAUCCCACGAUCCCUGAUGGUGUCCAGAACGAGAAGACGAAUGGUAGCGCAUGAGGCCCGAAGAAUUUCCAGUGAAAGAAUAUGUAGACGCUUGAGAAAGGACAUGAAUCGAAGCAUUUAAUUUUGGUGUUUUGCAUAAGUUAGCCAUACAAAUAUACAAAGUCAGGAAUCCCUUCAA